CAAUCUUCAUGAUGCUCAUAAGAAACCCAGAUUUUUUUUUUUCAAAACCCAUAAAAUAAAAAAAAAACUUCUUUCAUCACUUCCCUCUUUCUUCUUCCACGCCCCCUCUUUCACUUUAUUCUUCCAACAACACGUUCCUCUUUAAAUCCACCACCACCAUUUUUCUCAUUUUUUGGGUUUAAAAUUGAAGAUCUAAAACCCAAAUUUAACCCAGAUCUAAAAUCCACCCUCUACAAAUCUUUUGGAAAGAAAGAGUGUAAAGGUUUGAGAGAUCCAAAAUCAGUUUGGUGUUGUUGAAAUUCAAUACUUUCAGUUGCAAAUCAUCUCAUAUUCUCAAUCCCUUGUUGUUUUGUGUAGUGGUAGAAGAAGGGGUAGGGACGAAUUGUUCCCUUUGUUGUUUUGUGUUUGUUUUUUUUAAUUUUUUUUAAAAGUGAGACAUGUGUCGUAAUAUGAGUGGUUAGAUUAAUCUGACGGAUCAAAACAGUUGAAAGGUAUGAUGCAGUUCUUGAAAAAAGUAGAGGAUCUCUUCCAUUUGCCACAUAUGCAUAAGUUAACAGUUUUUGCAAAAAAACUAACGGAAGGGACCAAACAGGAACUUAUUUUAUCUUUAAGGGACCAAACAGAAACUUAUUUUCUUUAAGGGACCAUUGUGAAACCUAAAAUAUCUUUAAGGGACCAUUUAACUAAUUAAGCCAAAAAAAAUAAUAUGUUUUUGAUGCAUAAAAAAAGAAGAAAAUGUUUUUAUAUUUGAGAUUUAUGAUAUGAUUCAACGUGACUCUUUAUUUUUUCUCUCUCUCUAAGAACACAAAGACAGUAGUGUUCCUCUCUCUCUCUCUCUCUCUCUCUCUCUCUCUCUCUCACAGAAAAGAAUGAGCGGCGGUGGUGGCGGGUCUAGGGUUCCGAUCCCCGACAAUGUACGGAAAACCAUUCAAGACAUCAGAGAGAUCACCGGAAAACAGCACACCGACGAUGAAAUCUACGCCGUCCUUAAAGAAUGUUCAAUGGAUCCCAAUGAAACUGCUCAAAAGCUUCUCUAUUUAGAUACUUUUCAUGAGGUUAGAAGGAGACGCGACAAGAAGAAGGAGGGAUUGAGCAGCAGGGUUUCUGAGGAGUCUAGAUCAAACCAACGUGGACAGGGGAGGGGGGCAAGAGGUGCUUCAGGGGGCUAUUCCUCAAACUUUCUUGAUGGUGGUGGUGGGAGGAACCUUGCUAUUCGAAGGGAAAAUGGAUUCCAACAUACUGCAGAAAGAACUCGUGCUUCCUCUGCUCAGCCAGAUUUACAGAAAAAAACUAAUACAGGAGCUCAAGCCUUAAGUGAUUCAGCUGUUGCACCCCAUAGUGCUGCAAAUCAAUCCAAUGGGAAGUCUGGUCAUGGUUCUUCUGGCAAAUCUCUCUUAGGUGUCCCUAAAAGCAGUUCAGCUGCUAAUGACACUGUCAAUAAAGAAAAUUUUCUACCUCAAGCAGUUGCUGUUGCAGCAACCACUUCCCCUACUCAAACCUUUGCCUCAAUUACAAGAACUGAUCAAGGAAAAUCUCUGUCAAGUUCUGAUCAACGUCAAAUUUCUGUAUCUGGUGUUUAUUCCUCUUCAGAUCCUGUGCUGGCACCAUCUAUCACCCAGAAUCCUGGUGUUGGCAGUGCUAUCAGUAGGGAAGUAGGGAGUGACCGGAUAUCUGCUGGGCCGAAUCAUGUUAAAGGAAACAAACUUGAAGAAGCUAGUGAUUUAUCAGCAUCCGAGAAUGAGAAGUCCGGGUCAAUGAAUUCAACAAGCAAUCUGAAUGACAUACAGAAGACAAAUGAAGUUGAAGGUAACCAGUUAUCCGAGCCCUUGCAACUCUCUUCAUCAUUGAAUAGUUCUUUGAGGCCAUCUUCCAGUUGUGUUAGCCAACCACCUCAAGAUGUUUCUGAAACAGCCGAUGUCACCGAGGUCUCAACGUCAGAAGUUCAUGUGCAAUCAACUGAAUUGAGACAACAUGUUACUUUUCCAAACCAUUUCCAAGUGCCCGAGUCUUUGAAAGGUGGUCUUACAUUUGGAAGCUUUGAUACUUUCGGUCCAAGUGGAACAUCUAGUAGUGUAACUGGUUGUGAUGAUAGCACUUCUCCCACUCCUGAAUCUUCUCCAGGGAAAGAUGAAGCUGUUACUUUGAGCAACCAAAGUGCGCCAUUGACUGAACAUGGAGGUCAUCUUGAUUAUGCACAUUCUUCAUCUUUUCUAAUUAAUAAGACACUGGCUUCAGAAGGCAUUUCUAUAACUGGUAAUGAUUCAAAGAUUGAGCAGCCAAAGCAGGAGGUACUGUUAACUCCCGAGGGCCAUCCGAUUCUGACUGUUCAAAGUGCUCAAAAUUAUGGUUUGAAUUUCAUGUCUACCAUGUUAGGGACUCAGCAAGUUCAAUUUGAGGGUAGUGAGCUUCAGGCGCAAGAAACAUCACACUUUCCUUCCUUUGUUACUGCAAGUUCUCAGACUGUGUCCCCGAGCCCAACUCCACCUCCACAGAGCUCUAUACCUGUAUCUCCACAGCCAGUUUCUUAUUUUAGGCCACCAUACCCAGCUAACUUCUUCCCAUAUGGCCCCUAUUACCCCCCAAUUUACGUGUCUCCGAUGCAUCAAUUUUUAAGCCCCAAUGGUUUCCCUCAACAGCCAUCAACUGGCAACAUAUAUCUACCAGCCGCGGCUGCAGCUGCUGGGAUAAAAUUCCCUCAUCCGCAAUUCAAGGCUGGAGCAAACACAGGAAAUAUGGCUCAUAUUGGAAUUCCUUCUGGAUCAUAUAUCACUCCACCUGUUGGAUAUGCUCCUAAUCCGACAGUGAAUACUGGAAGCUCUGCCGGAACUGAAGAUAUUUCAGUGUCUCAGCUGAAGGAAAACCAAAUUUAUACAACUGGACAACUGAGUGAAGGCUCUGCUGUGUGGAUACAUGCACCAGGCCAAGAUAUAUCCAGUUUGCAACUCAAUUCUCUAUAUAACCUUACUCCUCAGGGCCAACAUCUCAACUUCCCCCAGACCCAGGCUGCUCAAGGAGUAUUUCCUGGUAUCUAUCAACCAGGGCAGACAGUAGCUUCACCUUCUACCCUUUUGCAGCAGUCUCAAGCUGUCGCUGGGUCUGUUGAAACUGUAGCCCCCCCUCCAGGAUCUUAUCAGCAGCCUGGACCUGCACAAAUCAAUUGGACUUCUAAUUUUUAGGAUGGAAAACAUUUUCUUGAUGCCGUAUUUUUCAAAUGCACCACAUGAUGCGCUCAAAUCCAUGAAGAAUGAACAAUGGCCUGAUCUGAAGUGUACAUAACAAAUGCGGCCAAGAAAUGAGAAAAGAAAACUAGUAACUGUUAUUGGUGCUGAGAUUUUGAGUGGUGCUAGUUGCAGGUUUUAUUUUUACUUUUUAUUUUUCGUGGCGUUUAUUCAUCCCUCACAUGUUCUUUUGCCCCUUAGAAACAUGGCGUUGUUGCUAUAAGGACCUUAGUAAUUCCUGACAAUAUUAUACUAAGCCAAGAGUUCAAUAGUGUUGGUGAGAUUUAUCAAUUUUUCCGUUCUCAAUUCUCACCUGUAUACUACAUUUUGAUAGCUGAAGACAUUGAAUUAUACCGUUCUAUAUGUUAAAUGAGAAUUGUAGCAUCUAUUCUUUUUU